AUGGCAACCGCCAGGAUUAACGGGCAUACGGUUACGCCCCAUUCUCAGUGCCAAGGUGGCCAUCAAUUCAAGGAAGAUGCGUCCCAGAGCAAUUAUAUUCUCGUCCAGGCAUCUGAUCGGAUUAAACCCGAAGAAUCAGAUCGAUUGCGCAACCUGGGAGCAGAAAUCUUGCAAUACAUUGAUAAUGACACUUACGUCUGCCACUACAAGCCAACAAGUCUACAAGACAUUCGGGCUCUCCCCUUCAUCAAAUAUGCAAAUGUCUACCAUGAGGACUUGGUUGUUCAUCCGAACCUCGAGCAACACCUCGAAGAAAAUCUCAAUUUACCCUCGGGCUCGGAGACUCUGGGAGAGACACCGCUGGAAACCGUUGUGUGCUAUAUCCGUGUCCACCACUCCGACUGUCUCAACCGUGCAGCAGAAGACAUCUCACGCCUAGCGUCUAUUGAUGCCGAUGGAAUUGUGAUAGAAGGGGCGUCUUUACUCAAGGCUCGACUACCGGUGGACCGUUUAAAGGCCAUCGCAGCGCUCGACGAAGUCGCAAGCGUCGAAGCCGAUGGAGAAGCUAGGGUCGCGCUAUGUGAGGCUCCACUGGUACUUUCGAAGCCGGAGAACAUGCACAUUCAAGGUAUUGGUGCAACUUGCGUGGAUCUUGGAGUACAAGCCGAAGAUCUCGACGGGCGUGAUCAGAUCGUCGCAGUUGUGGACUCGGGGCUUGAUCAGGGCGAACAAAAGUACAUGGACCCCAACUCCCAGGACAAAGUCCAUGAGGUCUUCAAAGACAAAGUAGAAGGUUGGUCCUCGGCUUUUGGGACUGAUCAGGCAGUGGACGAGAACGGCCACGGAACGGCUGUAGCCGGGUGCAUUGUGACGACCUACAAGUCGCUCGAUUUCGGAGUGAUAUCUGGAACCGCAAAGGGGGCACGCGUUAUUGUCAAGAAAGUGUUUAAUGCAUCAGGAAUACUUGAGAACAGUGGUGCGUUCCCAUGGAGGGACACGUUGUCGUCCUUCCUCAAAGAUGACCCAAAAAGGGACAAACCUUUACCGCGUAUCACGAAUUUAUCCAUUCAGGACGAAGUUUCAGCACCUGUUUCAGAUUAUCCAGGCAAGGCUGAGGUGUUGGAUAGGCUUGUUUUCGAGAACCCAGACUGGGUGUUUGUUAUUGCAGCAGGGAACCACGGAUUGAGCAGCAAGGAUCCCCAGAUUACAGGUCUUGCGGUUGCCAAAAAUGCGAUCUGCGUUGGCGCGACCGAGAAUCCACUCCCAAUGACCUUUACCUCAAUGAGAAGCCGAAGAUAUGAGCCAAAAAAUGGUAGAAAAGGGAACCAAAACAAAAUCGCCCUAUUCAGUAGUCGGGGUCCAACAUCUCUUGGUCGGAUCAAGCCAGACGUCGUUGCUCCGGGACAGAUCAUAUACACCACGAAAUCCACAACACCGAAUUUAGGAAUGAUUUCAGUUACGCCUGUUGAUCCAAAAGAUCUAAAAGACCCUCAUUUCUGGUUUGUUGAAGGAACCAGCUUCGCUGCCCCUCUGGUUGCAGGAUGCUGUGCUGUGCUCAGGCAAAUCUAUUGUGCGAGACUUGGCUGCUAUCCCUCUGCUGCUAUGGUGAAAGCUCUUCUCAUCCACGGUGCUGUUGAUACACAACUGGCCCAAGGCUUCAAACCUAGGACAAUUCCUGAGUGGCCUACUGCUACGUCCAAAGACCAGGGAUUUGGGAGAGUCAACAUCCCCUCGUCCCUACUGCCGCUUAUUGACCAGAAGAAAGACGAGAACGGGGAACCUGUCGGUAAUGGCGGUGUAUUUGACUCCUUUUCUUUCCCUGCUGAUGCUUUUGCCGCAAAGCAAGAGUAUGAUGCCAUGAGCCCAGACGAGCAGAAGCAGCUGAAAGAUGCUAGAAAUGAUUUUGGUCUGAGUAUGAAUCCCGAUUCGAACAAUUGGACCCUUGAACUGCAGGUCAAAGACGCGAAGAACACCAAAAUCACCGUAACUAUGGUGUACACUGACCCCCCAGGACAAGGUGUCGUUAACAUUCUCAAUCUAGAACUACGAUUUAGGGGCAAAGAUGCAGUUGAGACCCGCGACUUUCGCCUAGGAAACCCAGACGCCGGUGAUCCAUCGGUGGUGAAUACAAGCACCCGUCGGCCAAGGAGUCGUAACAACGUGCAGAAAGUCGUUUGGCGGAAUGCUCCACCUGGGCCAUACAGAGUUCAAAUAAAGCUGGAUCAUCUGGAGGAGGCGCAGACACCAGACAAGGUGCAACACUUCGCCGUCUGUUGGGAUGUUACCUAUGAGCAGCAACCACAGGAAGAAAAGAAGGGAAACGAAUAG